AUGUUUAGAUAUGAUUUAAGGAAUAUUUUUAACAUUUUUAGGACAAUUCCGCUUUUGAUUCUUGCAAAAAUAAACUGUCUUGAAAUAGAACUAAUUAAUGAAAUUCCAAGCGAAGGAUUAAGUGAGGAAUAUGUUAAAGAAUUUCCAAAGAAAAAAAUCCCGGGCUUUAUAGGUUGUGAUGGAUUCAAAUUAUCAGAAGUAAAUGCAAUUUCGAUUUAUUUUGCGAGUCAAAAUGAAAAAACAACACUUCUCGGAAAAACUAAGAAAGAAUAUGCAUCAAUUGUUCAAUGGAUGUCUUUUGCAAAUACUGAUCUUUUAGCAUCUCUUGCUAACUGGGUUCUUCCUUUGGUUGGCAGAUAUCCAUACAAUAAAAAAGCAGUGGAGGAUAGUCAAGCUGAAACAGAAAGAUUAUGUAAAUAUGUUGAUGAUUUUAUAAAAGAAAGGACAUUUUUAGUUGGAGAACGCCUAACUCUUGCUGAUAUUGUUAUGGCAGCACAUCUCAUACCGGGGUUUUCAAAAGUUUUUGGAAAAGAGUGGCGUGAGAGGUUUCCAAAUCUUGUUCGAUGGUUCAUAACAGUUACUAACCAACCAAUUUGGAUUUCUGCAGUGCCAACUCCUGUCUUGAUUGAAGAACCAAUUAAAUAUGUUCCUAAAAAGGAUGUAAAGGGCACUGUUCCUAAGUCCGUUCCUCCACCUACUGCUUCUUCAGAAUGCGAGGCGUCAUAUGUAGAAAAGAAGCCGAAACAUCCUCUUGAUUCUGCUCCAACAGGUACACUUGUAUUAGAUGAAUGGAAACGUCAAUAUUCAAACAAUGACUUAACUAUUGCAAUGAAAUGGUUCUGGGAGCAUUUUGAUGCAGAUGCAUAUUCUUUAUGGAAACUUGAUUAUAAGUAUAAUAACGAGCUUGGCUUAAUUUUUCAAAGCUCUAAUCUUUGUGGAGGAUUCUUUCAGCGUCUUGAUGCAAGUCGAAAAUAUAUUUUCGGCACUUUAGUUGUCUACGGAAAAAAUCAUGACAAUGUAAUUAGUGGCGUAUUUCUUAUUAAAGGCAAAGACUAUAGACCUGCAUUUGAUGUAGCACCUGAUUGGGAUUCAUAUGACUAUAUACUUCUUGAUCAUACCAAGGAGGAAGAUAGAAAACUAGUUGAAUCCGCUUGGGACUGGAAAGACCCGAUUACGGUCAACAACAAGAGUUAUGAUGUAGCAAAUGGAAAAGUUUUUAAAUAA